AUGUCCUGUAAACACAGCAUAUUGGACAACUAUUUACAUAUUGCAAUGGCUAAGACGAGCCCUCACACCACGGACAUGCCUCCUACAAACACAUUUGAUCAGGACCACUUGGUGCAGAAGCAAGAUAGCCCCGUGAAAAGUGCCUCCAGUGAUGAUGAGACCAAGCAUGGGUAUCCUACUGGGCUUUCACUCACCCUUACCCUUACAUCAGUUACUCUGGCUUAUUUCCUAUUCUUCCUUGACCUUGCCGUCAUCUCCACGGCCACCCCAGCCAUUACCUCCCGGUUCGACUCGCUGGUAGACGUAGGUUGGUAUGGCGGCGCCUACCAGCUCGGAAGUGCGGCGUUCCAACCUUUGAGCGGCAAAAUCUACAGCCAGUUUUCAAUAAAGUGGAGCUUUCUUGUCUUCUUCUUCAUAUUCGAGGUUGGCUCCGCCAUUUGCGGAGCGGCCCAGUCGUCGCCCAUGUUCAUCAUAGGCCGUGUGAUCGCCGGCGCAGGUUCCGCUGGAGUCGCUAACGGCGCUCUGACAACAAUUUCCGCCGUCCUCCCAACGAAGAAACAGGCGCUUUUUAUGGGGCUCAAUAUGGGCAUGGGCCAGCUGGGCCUUGCGACGGGGCCUAUAAUCGGAGGGGCAUUUACCACAAAGGUGUCCUGGCGGUGGUGUUUUUACAUUAAUCUACCUCUAGGCGUCAUUGUCGGCGCGUUUCUUCUUUUCAACACUAUCCCCGAACAGAAACCCAAGAGUCCACCGCUAGAGAUUCUCGGCACCGCUAUCAAAUCUCUGGAUCUUCCAGGAUUCAUGCUCAUUUGCCCCGCGGUCGUCAUGUUCCUCCUAGGGCUCCAGUUUGGCGGGAAUCAACACGCCUGGAACAGUUCAAUUGUGAUCGGCUUGCUGGUUGGGUCUGCCGUCGCCUUUGGCCUCUUCCUGGUCUGGGAGUAUUACCAGGGAGACGAGGCCAUGGUGCCAUUUGCCAUGCUCAGACACCGAGUCAUCUGGUCGGCUGCAAUGACGAUGUUCUUCAGCCUGUCCAGCGUCCUCGUGGCUGAUUUCUACAUUGCAAUUUACUUCCAGGCAAUACUGGAUGACUCGCCCUUGAUGAGCGGCGUGCACAUGCUACCAAUCACGCUCGGUUUGGUGGUGUUUACUAUGGUUUCGGGAGCCCUGAUCUCGGCUUUGGGCUACUAUCUUCCAUUUCUUAUUGCAGGAGGUGCCAUAUCAGCUAUUGGUUACGGGCUCUUGUCCACAUUAAGUCCUACGACCUCAGCUGCACGAUGGAUCGGAUACCAGAUUCUCUACGGUGUUGCAAGCGGUUGCACGGGAGCAGCUCCCUACAUCGCUAUACAAAACCUCGUGUCUGCAGAGCAGAUCCCUCUCGCCAUGGCUAUUAUCAUAUUUUGGCAAAACAUAGGAGCUUCCACCUCCCUGAUCGCCGCAAACGCCAUUUUCAGCAACACCCUUCGUCACGAGCUUCAGCAGCGUGCUACACAAAUUGGCCACACCCCAGAAGUUAUCGUCGCUGCAGGAGUUCGCUCUAUUCGCGGCCUUGUAUCGGGAUCCCAGCUAACCGCUGUGCUCGCGGCCUACGCUAAAAGUAUUGACAACGUGAUGUACCUUGGUAUCGCUGUCAGUCUCGCCGUCUUGGUAUUUUCUCCCGGACUUGGAUGGAAGGACAUCCGCAAGGUCAAAGAUCUCCAGGCCAUUACCAACUAUUCUCCCAACAGCGGUGACAGCAAAUCAGCAAGAGACGAAGUAGUGCUGGGUGGCAAGUAG